AUGAAUUAAGGAGAACAUCUGAAUAAAUAAGAAGAUGAUCAAAAAUUUACAGAUGGGGAUCAAACAUUUAUUAAUGAAUAGACAGAUGAUGAUAAACGAUUCUCCAAUACUGUUGUGGAUAACAAAGAAUAGAGUGGAUUGGAAGCCUUAUUGGUAUAUUUGAAUAUAAAUUGAAAUAGGAAUUAGACAAUCGAAAUAAAUAAGAGUUUUUAAGUUCAGAAGAGAAAAGUCUCUUUCAAGAAUUCAUUGUUAUAUGUUAAAUUAGAAAAGACAAAUAUAUGAGUGAACAAGAUCCACAUCUUUAGUUUUUAAUGGAUAAAGCAGUGUCCAAAGGUGUACAAAAGAUUUUAAAAGCUUAGAAGAUUUAAGAUAAGGAACAAUGGCAAGUAUGCAUUAAUUACCAUAUUAGAAAGAGCAAUAACGAUUGAUGAGACUAUUCUAUUCAGAUAUGAAUAUUGGUUUCAUUACAUCAACAGGGUAACUCAAAUCUACAGUAUUCAUCUAUCUUCAUCAAUCUAUAGCAAGUUAUUUAGAUAAUCGCUAAAUCAAUUUGAAUUUUAACAAAGAGGAUCUAAAAAUUAUAGCCAAUUAUUUUUCAAUUGAUGAACGCAAUAAAUCUAGUAAAUCAAGUCCUGAAUUUACAUCACCUAUACUCACUAAAGAGAAAUCAGAAAAAGAAUAAUUUAAAUAAAAUAGUGCAGGUUCAAAGACUAUAUCUCAAAAUGAAGGAGAAGUUGAAAAUUAAUUAAAAAGAAGUUUACCUCUAUGUCAUCAAAGUAAUUGGCUUAAAUAAGAAUUUAUUAAAAAGGAUUACUUUAAAAAGUAAUUCCUCAUUCUUCAAAAAACAAAUGAAAAUGAACUCAAAUCUGGAGUUCAAAUCUUCUUUGUUUAUAGAAUAAAGGAUGAUCAGAUUUAUGCAGUAAAGAAAGUAUAAUCAUUUAUAUCUAUGUAGUCUUAAUUAGCUUCAAAUGUUAUUUCCUUUUUUGAUGUGUUUUCAACAGUAAACCUAUCAGAAAUUACAAAUGAUUAAAGAAAAAUAAGAGAAGCCAAAAUACUAUCUAAACUAAACCAUCCAAAUGUUUUAACUUUAUAUGAUUGGUGGAUUGAAGAAGAAGAAUCUGGCUAUUCACUUUACUUAAUGUCUGAAUACUGUUCUUAUCCUGGACUUAAACAUCAAACCAAUGAUCUACUCAAUUAUGCUUAUUAUUAUCUAAAUCCUAUGAAUUGUAAAGAAAAAAUAGAACAAAUCAAAACAAUCAUGUUGUAAAUCAUGGAUGGUUUAGAAUACAUACACAAACGAGGAAUUGUACAUAGAGAUUUAAAACCAGAAAAUAUUUUUGUUACUUAUGGAAUCGAUUGCCAACUAUAAGUUAUGUUGGCUGAUUUUGAUUAAGGAAAAGAUGUUAGAGAAUCUAAACUCUCUAUUAUUACAGAUGAAAAACUAAAUGAUUAAGAUCUUAAUUCUAUUAAAUCAAGAAAUACUAUUAAUUCAGGCACUAGUGGUUACGCUACAGCUAAUUCUUAGAUUAACAAAGAAUAUGAUAAAAUGGAUGAGUUCUAUGCUUUGGGUGUUACUCUACUUCAUUUGAUAUUGGCUUUCCCUGGAGAACCCAAAAAUCGCAAUCUAUACACUAAUACAUUUGCCAUUAGUGAUAUUUCAGACGUCCUCCUCUUAUUUGAUAGUUGGGCUGUUAAAUUAGUACAAAACAGACAUCCAGAAUUCAACUUCUAAUAAUAUUUUCAUCUUAUGGAACUUGCAAAGGCACUUCUUGAUAAAAAAGUCAAGGAACAUGAUCACAUAAGAAAAAUCAUACAAAGUUGGUGA